UAAUCUGAUAUAAAUGGCGACAUCAGAUCAAGUUUUGGUACGUGAUGAGCAUUUUUACUGCAGUAUUUGUUUGGAGAUAUAUGACACACCUAGAACAUUACCGUGUUUACAUUCAUUCUGUCAGGAAUGUUUAAAAGGUUAUAUUCUGAAGAUUACACAGGAUUCACAAACAUUGUUAUGUCCAGUUUGUAGAGCGGACACGAAAACAGAUAAAGUCAGGUUUAAACAGGUUGAAAAGUGGGUGGAGAAUUUUCCAAUUAACUUUACUCUACUUUCGAUUUUGAAAGAUAGAAAACUGGCGAUGAACGCAAAGGUAAACAAUUGUGAGGCGUGUUUAAGGGAGGAUAUCAAGGUUGAGGCUAUUGUUUAUUGUUAUGAUUGUUCUGAAAAACUGUGUGAAGAUUGUAAAAGGCAUCACAAGAAAAAUAAAGUAUUAUCAAAUCAUAAAUUGAUAGACAUAAUUGAUGGAUCGGCGGAAAAGUUAGAUCUUGCAGAAUUCGAAUAUUUAGCAAACCUGUCAAAAUGUCCAUUGCAUGAUACUGAAGAAGUGAAAUAUCUGUGUAAGGACCAUGACCAACUGUGUUGUAAUGAAUGUGCGAUCGUUACUCAUAGAAAAUGUGAAGAUAUGGUAUCUUUAAGUGAAGAAAUAAAAUCAAACAAGGAAGCCAGCAAAGAAUCCGGUAUUGAAAAGAGACUUGAUACCAUUGACGGUGACGUUGAAAAGCUCAUUUCGCAUGAAGCUACGUAUUUAGCAAAGAUUGGUGGGAAAGAAGAUGAAGUGAAAACAUGUUUAAAAGAUCUUAAGGUAAAACUUGAUGCCGCCUUUUGGAAACUUGAAAAGAGGAUCAUGUUGGAAAUGUCAGAAAGGAAACAGGUAUUAUUAAAAGCUAGUUCAUUACAGAGAGAUACAGCAGAACAACUUAAAGAGAACAUUAAACAGUGUGGAGAGAAAAUUAAAAAGGCCAAAGCAAAUGGAACAUCGGUACAUAUAUUUCUUCUUGAAAGAGAAAUUGGUAAACAAGUUUCAGAGUUUGAGAAAACAUUCACAACUCUUCGAGAACAAUCAAGCAAGUCAUUGGUCACACUGUCAGAAGCACAUCCACUUGAAGAUGUAGUAAGACAUGUUGAAAAUCUUUACCAGAUCAAAGAAAUGAACGAUAUGCCAGUUUUGCCUGCAUUUACACAAACUAAAGAUUUCAAGAAUAGGAAACUUACUUUGGAACGUGAGGUCAGUUUGAAUGAGAGCCAGCCAACAUAUUGUGUUUGGGUUGGAAAUUACAUUGUAGUAUCAUUUGUAUCUUCUUCAAAGUUAGUAGCUUACAAAGCAGAUAACGGUUCAUCUGUUACAUCAUAUCAAUGUGAUUCACCUACAUCAGUAACAGCUACUGAGAAUAACGAGUUUGCUGUUGCCUUGACAUCAUUAAACAAAAUAAAUAUUAUGAAAAUUGAACAAAAUAAAAUGACAGUUUUAAGAAGUUUAAACUGUCGACAACCCAACGUUUUAGCUUAUGAUAAAAAGAGCAAAAAUCUUUUGAUAUUGUCUCUGUCUGAAACGGUUAUAAGAAAGAUAACGCUUGAUGGUAAAGAUGCUGGAUUUGUCGAUUUAAGCGGUAUUGAUAGAAAUACAUUGCAAAGUACAUACAACUUAUGUGUUGAUUCUCAGUAUGGUCAUGUCUUAAUUUCUUCACACAGAAUACACAAAUUGCUUUGCUUAGACAUGUCUGGAAAUAUGAUAUUCCAGCAUGAAAUUAAAUAUCCGUGGUCCAUUAUUACAGACUCACAAGGAAAUGCUUAUGUUGCAAGUUAUAGCACAAAUUAUAUUCAACAACUUAGUUCAAACGGGCAAUUGAUUAAAGCAAACAUAUUAGGGGAAUUUAAAGUGAAUUGUCCAAUGGCUAUGUGUUUCAACCAAGAUAUGGAUAAAAUGGUUGUUACGUUUGACGGAAGUGGAGGAUUUUUGAGAUUAUUCAAAUUUGAAUAAGAGUAUUAUAUGAUUAGUAAACACUUGUAAUAUGAGAUCAUAUGGAACCUCAAAGUAGUGGAGUAAUAUGCUUUGUUAGUGAAAAUGUUGGCUUCAAGGUUACUUUUUACUGUGAUUUUUUUUGUACGGAAUCACGGACCUUAAUUGUCAAUUUAAGUUCCGUGACGGAAUAUAUAUUUGAAAUGUUAGAAAUUUUUCUGUGUGCUUUAUGUAUUACAUUUGGUGAUCUCUCUCAUUUGUACUAGAUCAUGAAAAAAGUAAAAUUAAUUUGAUUCUACAACAAGUUGGCAAUACAUGCAUAAUAACUUUAUGUUUCUUUAAAUUAAAUGAAGAUAAAUUACACAAAAUUCAUGAAACAUUUUCUGAGAACAUGUUUGUACAUAUCAGUAAGAUACAUGUUUGAGACAAUUAUUGUCAUGUUUGUUAAUUUAAGAUACAUGUAUGUUUCACAAUAGUUUAUGUUCAUUUAUGAUCAUUAC